AUGACCUCUCUCAGAGUCCUGGAUUUGUCAAGGACUGCCCUCCUGUCGUUGCCAAAAAACAUAGGAAUUUUGAAACAUUUAGUUUGCCUCAAGUUACCCUAUGUGCCAAUCAAGAGACUGCCCAACUCUGACGCUGCUCUAAGAAGCCUUCAAAUAUUAGAUCUUCAAGGAUCUGAUAUUGCACAACUCCCAGCUGGCAUUUCUAAGUUGACUUCCCUAAAACUUUUAGACGUUGCUUUCUGUGAGCAUCUGCAGUGCAUGCCUUAUGGAAUUGCAGACCUCACGUCUUUGGAGUACCUGAAUGCAAGUAAUUCUCCAAAUAUAGGGUGGAAUAAGUGCAGAAGAAAUCGGCUUUCAAUUAGUCACCUGGGUAACCUGAACCAACUCAGAAGGUUGGGGUUUCAAAACAAUGGUCAAAUAAUUGGAGAAGGAAUUCUUGGAACCAUGAAACAGAUGGAGUAUCUAUAUUUUCACCUCACAGAUAUAGAAAGCCUGCCCCAUGACAUGACUGCCAUGGCAAAACUGAGAGAACUCUGUCUAAUAUGUCCUCAUUUACUAAAGAUAGAGAAUUCAAUUUGUGAAUUUCGACGUCUAAGCUUCAUUAAGUUGAUUCAAUGUGACAUGCUGAAACAACUACCUGCCUUGCACAAACUUCCGAGUCUAAAGCACCUAGACAUAGUCAAUUGCCCUAACAUAGAGAAGUUCCCAGAAGAAUUUGGCAAGGGUGGAGCAUUUCCUAAGCUUGAAGUAUUUUCAGUGGUGGACAUGAUGAAGUUAGAGCAGCUGCCAGUGGUGGAAGGAGGAGCACUGCCUUCACUUAAAACAUUAACAAUAAUGAAGUGUGAGGCAUUGCAGAGGUUACCAGAGUGUUACUGGAAUUUGAAGAGUGUAGAAAAGAUAAGAGUGUAUGGUUGUUCAAAGGUUCAACAUGUUAUGGCAGAGGAAGAAAAUUUUAUUAAGACAAAGACGAAAGUUCAAACAAUAAGAGUAUCUACCACAGAAAUUCAAGCAUCAGAAGAACGUUACUUGGAUAUGCGUCAUCGGGGUGAACAUUUUUACUAUGGCGAAUUUUGGUGUAAUGAGGUGUUUCGCUUUUUGGAAUUUGCUAUGAGUUUUAUCAUUCAAAGAAAUGGCAUAUAA